CUCCUCUUCCGCCUCAAGAGUCCAUCUCUCGUCUGCUACCCCGAGUCGCAAUAAUGAGUACGUCAUUGCAACCGGGAGACUCUCCUGUUAGAACACAUGUUCCUCGUUAUUAACACUGAAUCGCGUUAUUUUCGUUAUGUAGCAUCUUCGCCAAAAUUGGUAUGACCACUAUUCAAGAAAACGACCGAAACAUAAUUUAUAAUCACUAUUAAUUAAAUAUAGAUAGUCCAAAUCUAAAAAUUAACAGGAGGCAAGAAAUUCAUGUUUCCAUUGAGAAUCAUGGCCAAUCCCCGCCCCCUCCCCUCGUGGAUACGCGCCAAAUUUCUGAACGAAGAAGCAGAAGAAGAGAGCGCGAGCUCGCGAGACAAGGGUUCGGGAGCCUGCCAGCCGUCUCAACGAGCGUCACCGAGAACGCGCACGUCGACUCCGGCAGCCAUAGCCACCUCGUUCCUGCACCUGCCUUCUGCGUCGCCGUACAGGUCCGCCAUGGCCGCCAGGGCUGCACUGGCUCUACAGAGGCGGAAGCGCUCAGAGGCUCACAAGUCAUCAUCCACGUCCAGCACGUCAUCGAAACGAAAAAGCCAGAAAUCGAAGGAUGGAAGGCCAGGAACGAAGAAAAUGGAACUCCAGGAAAAUGGGGCUAACCCGAUCGCGAAGGGUACGGAAACCGCUGCAAGCCCUACAACGAUAGCAGCGACUAGCCACAUGACGACCCGUCACCAACAUUCAAAUGCGAAGAAGAUGGUCACCAUUGCAAUAGUGCUGUUCCUCACCAGUGGAGCCCUGCUGAUGAUCAUGAUAUGGUCCAAGCCACAUGCCACCAUAGUGUUCUGCAACACUCCCGAUUGCCUUAGGCAUGCCACUGAGCUCAAGGAGGCCAUGAACACUAGCGUCGACCCCUGCAACGACUUCUACAAGUUCACGUGUGGCUCCUGGAAGCCGAAACGGGGAGAGCGUUCGAUGGUCGCGCGAGUCUUCGCCGACUCGACCCAAAUCGCCAUGGAAGAGAUGGAAGGCCCGAGCGAGAAGGCCGUGGUGCCAAAGGCGAUGGACUAUUUCAAGAGCUGCAUCCAGCUACGCAAUUUGACGCCGACCGAUGUAGAACUCUACAUGAACUUCAAGCAGGGCCUAGGUUUCUUGUGGCCGGAGAAAAAACAAUCGGCCAUCGACGCGCUGCUCCCAUUGCUGAACCUUACUAUCACCUGGAACAUCAACUUCCUCUUUCGACUGGAGGCCUUGCCUGCAUACAAGCGGAGGCCGCAGACGCUAUACAUUACGCGUGGCAUACUGAGCCCCAGAUUUUUGGAUCCCAGAUGGACACCAGUUACGUUUGCCGAAGUCGUCAGAUGGCACUGCGGUGAACUCGGGGUCGAACCGCCGUCCGACUCGAGCAUCCAGGAACUGAAGAGCACCGUGGAGGACAUCAUAAAUGCCGUGCUCAAACUUCCACCGGGUGCCACGACUGACACGCAGAUUAUGAUGAAGGAGAUUGAGCAGCUGAUGCCCAAAUGGGGGUACGACUGGCUCAACAGCCUGAACAAACUGUACAGUCCCCAGUUCACGUGGACACCGGACAGCCCAGUUGCUCUGGAAGAUGAAGCAAUACUGCAGAGCAUGUACACCCUGCUUGAGAACUACAAGAAAAAGAGGCAGACGCUCAUGGAAGGCUUAUCGUUCGUGUUCCUCCGAACGUCCCUGUGGUUGGCCGCAGGAAAACCAGAGAUGCGUUACAGCGCCGACCCCAAAGUUGCCAGGCGCAUAUGGAAGCUGACCUGCAUCAGGUACACCACCGGCAACUUCGGUUUGCUGAUUGCGGCCAGCCACAUUUAUACGCGCUACAGCAGCAGUGUGCGCGGCAAACUCGCACGUUUCCACCGGAGCAUUCAGACGACGAUCAAGCAGCAGCUGGAAGACGCCGAGUGGAUAGACGCCACCAUCAAGAGUAAGGCGACCGUCAAAAUUGACGCAAUGACUCUGGACACGAUGCCAGAGGAGAACUUCUUCUCUGAUGUCGAUCUGGCUCGGUUAUACCGAGACUUUCCAAGUAUCGGCGCCUCGUUCUUGGAAAAUUACAUCAAAGUCGCGGAAGCCUACCGGCUUCUCAUCGGCCACGACAACUUCAUCAGCAUCUACUCCAAGAGGCUCGGGGACGGCUCGCCAGGUCGAUACGACUACUACUACAACAUCGCCUACAUAUCUCUGGGUGCCAUGGAGCCUCCCAUACUCUACCUGAGUGGCACAACAGCCAUGAUGUAUGGCAGCUUCGGCACGCUCAUCGCAGAGUGCAUCGUGCGUUCGUUCGACAAGCGUGGCGUCUUCGUCACGGGCCAAGGCAAGAGAGAGCUUUGGUGGGACUCCCCGGCUUAUACGCAACGAGUCGGCUGCGACUUGUUACCUGACCGCAAGUCUGGAGGCAGUGGCACAACCUCUGAUGCGAACACGCUGCCAGCUGGUAGCCGCGACCCACGGGAGGUUCAUUUCGCGGCCUUGUUCCCCCUGGCACCGGCACUUACCACAUCGUUCAUUGCGCACCGCAGGGCUAGCAUAAAACACGGCAGGUACGUCCAACACCGCCUGCACGGUCUCGACGACUACACCGAUGACCAGGUCUUCUUCCUGACCUACUGCCUUACGACUUGUGCCACAAACAACACCGGUGAGACCUGCAAUGUGCCCCUACGACAGAUGCAGAGAUUCGCUAGUGCGUUCCGGUGCAGCCCCGGUUCACCGAUGAACCCAGAGAAGAAGUGCACUUUUUUCUCGUGAUUGUGAAAGCACGUUUACUUUUCAUAGUAUUCAUUUCCUUGGUUCACUGCAUUGCUUUUUUUCUAGAAUGUCGAUUUUAUGAUACUAAUGAAUGACGCAGCAUAGGUGAUGUGCUGUCAAUAAUUUGA